AUGAUUCAAGAUAAGGAACAUAUUGUGAUUGAAAAUGAAAGCAGUUCCAGUGAAUCUGAUGCAGAAUAUCCACGCCAAUCAACAUUAAGCAUUUUAUCAUCAUCGGAUGACAUUAUUAAAGUCAAUGAAAAUUUUUUGAUUGAAUUAUCAAAAAACAAUAAUAAAUUAGCCAACAGAGAAGUUAAAGAAUCAUGUAAACUUAUAAGUUUCUCAUCUGAAUUGACAGCUGAUGAUAUUUUAGUAGCAAUUGAUAAAUUAGAUAGCAGACAAUAUCCAAAUUUAUUUAUUUUCAUAAUUCAUGCAGAAAGUAUCCAGUUUAGUAAAAUUAAAAAGCGGAAAAAAGACAGAAGAAACAAAUUAGCCAACUUUUUUAAGGAACUAGUGUUAAAAUUUUCAAAGUCACGUUCAUUAAUUUUACAACUUACAUCUAAAAUUGAAAAGAUUACAAAGUUUUACUAUAAAACAGCAAAUGCCACUCAAUUUUCAACCAUCGAUCAGCAUCAAAAAGAUUUUGAUAAAUUAAGGAACUUUCCAACAUUUUUGUCUUCAUUUUUGGAAAAAAAGAAUCAAAGUUUUGACUAUGAAAUCAUCGAAAAGCUAUCAAAUGUUCAAGAAUUGCCGUUAACUUUAAAGUUCAUUAGAAUUUUUAACUUGAGUGAAAAAUUUUGGUUAAAAAUCAUUUCUGAAGUGUCUAAAAAUGGUUCAAAAGCUCAAUUAUUAGCUGCUUUAGAUGCUUCAUUUAAGGAUGAAGGAAGAAUCCUUACCAUUGAAUCAGAAAGCUAUUUAUCAAGUACAUUCAAUGAAUUUCAAGCCGCAAAUGAGCAACUAUCAGAAAUAAAUCAUUUCCAACAAGAAUCAGAAAAAAUAAAUCUUUCCAGUCAAUCCUUAAUUGAUGGUGAGCCCAUUGACAAUCCAUUUGAAACAUCAAUCCUUCACAAAGCUUUAGAAAAUAAUAACAAAGAAAUUAUCGAAUAUCUUGUAAGUCACUGCACGCACUUGAUUCAACAGCUUCCAUAUAGACAGCAAUUAAAAAUUUCUACAGAAGCAUUUUCGACAAAUAAGCUUGAUAUUCUAUGUGAUCUUGUUGAAAUAUGUGAUUUUCCAUUUCCUGAUAAUUAUAACUUUGAUGACGGAACAGUUGUUGAUGAAAAGCUCAGAAAAAUAACUAAGAACAGAAUUGAAUUUCAACGAGCGAUAAUUUUAGGAGAUUAUGAGCAAAUUGAUGAGUUUUUAGAUAACAACUCGAGCCUUAGAAUUGUGUAUAAUCCAGUCAAUGAUUCAGCCAUGUAUCAUGCAGUAAAAAAAUUGCAAUUCCCAGUUUAUUUUUAUCUUAAAUCAUUUGGAUUUGUAGCAACAGAGUUCAAUUCACUUCAAGACAUUCUUAAUGAAAGUGAAUUAGCAGCAGCAAAAAAAUCUGCUGGACAACAAAGAAAACGGAAUGUUAGUAAUUCACUUUCAGAUGACCAAAAGUCAAUCAACUUACUGUACACAAAAUCAUUUAUUCACAAUAGAAAGAUCAGCAAAGAGCAAGAGAUUGAAUAUCGAAAGAAAAUCAGAAAAUGGUACGAAGACAUCCACAAUGUCAAGUUUGGUGCUGAGGUUCUGAAAGUUGUAGCUUCAUGCGAAGAAUUGAAAGUGAUUUUUGACUUUGAAAGCUUUUCGGUCGAGAAUGCUAGUCUUUCAGGACCUCACUAUUUAGGUUCAACAUAUUCAAAUCGUAAAUGGAUCUUCAUUGGAGCUAAAUUGUCUGAUAAGAAACGUGAGCAGCAAAUUAAAGGAGUUUUAGCUCAUGAACUAUGUCACUUUUCUAUGGGAAUAGCUUUCGAGAAUCAUGAUAAUCCCUAUUACAAGCACAUGACAAAUAAAGCAGAAAUAUUUGAAGCAAUUGUUAAAAUCUUCAAUCAACGGUCACCAAAUGUACCAGACGAUGAAUGUAACGGAACUAUUUUAUCAGUUUUUCAACUUUAUGACAAAGUCGAUUAUCAUAUAGAAUUGGUGGUAAGGAUGCUGCACAUUCUUGUUGAAUACGAUGAUGAUGAAGAGAAAUCGAAGCAUCUACAGGAUAAAUACAAAAUGCUUUAUGUCUUUUGGGAGCUUCACAUCAUUCCAGAGCUUGAAAGCUUUGAUUUAAAAGGUCGUGAAGCUGUUCGGAGGAUUAAUAGAAUUUUUGACAUAUUGCCAAGUAUAAAGGCUGAAAAAUUAAAAUUUACUGCUUCAAAAGACAUUCCGGAAGUAAUUAACAAUCAAUUUGUCAUAGCUACAUCAAAUGUCCCAAAACUUCUAUUGAUCAACAUUUGCAGAAACCUUGAAAGUAAGUAUGGAAAUUUAUUUGACACACAAAACAUCUUUAUUGAUUUAAAAAAGCUUAAAAAUCAAGAAAUGUUGAGGAAUUUAGUUCAAAUAGUGUCCGAACAUCCAAAAUUGAGAACAUUCAUUGACUGUACUAAGGGAGGUUCAGAAAAUAUUAGAAACAUUGAGAUGACAAAAGAAUUGACCAUGAUUUUUGUUGUAUCCAGUGCUACCCAACGAGAUGAGAUUCUUCACAGCAUGAAGAAUAAUCAAAAGAAUGCAACAAAAUUAGAAAUAAAUUACAAAUGGUGUGACUUGACUGAAGAAAGUCAAAAAUAUCUCUUGGAAACGAAAGUAAAUUUUCAAAAUGAUAAGCAAUAUUCACUAAACGACAUACUUGACAGGAGGUCAAAUGUAAACAAUAAUUUUGAAGACAUCAUUGAUUGUCAACUCCUGAAUUUAUUGGUCAAUAAAUCAGACAUUCCAAUUAAUAUGAUUCCAAAAAGCAGUGGAACUGACAUCAACUUUAACUGUCUCUUUCAAACUCGACAAUUCAACGAUAAAUCCUCAACUAAAAUCAUUCAAGAUCGGCUUUUGAAGGAAGUCAAGAACAAGAAAUAUGUCUUAAUAUCAGACAUAGCAGGAAGUGGGAAGAGUUGGAUCAUGAAAAACUUUGCAAAUGUGCUAAGAAAGCAAAAUCCAAAAACAUGGGUUACAUACGUUGACUUGAAGCUAUACAUUGAAGACUUUAGAGCAUCAAAAUGCAAUACAACAUUUUUAGAUUUCUUUACUGAGAAAAUUUUCAAGACAAAAAAUAAAUUCGAGGUCAAAAUAUUUUUAAAUCUUUACAAAAGCGGUAAAGUCAACAUCCUUUUUGAUGGAUUUGAUGAAAUUGCUCCAAACUAUGCUGAUUUUGUCCUGCAAUUAGCUGAAUAUUUUGAAUCAAAUGGAACAAAUCAGCUGUGGAUUGCAACAAGAGAAUAUUUUAAGAUUGAUAUUCUUAAAAAGCUUAAAAUUGAUGCUGUGUACAAGCUAGAUGAGUUUACAAAAGAAAAUGGAAUUAAUUUGGUAGUGUCAAGCUGGAUUCUAAUGGAUUUAAAAGGAACAAAAGAUUUCAAAUCAAGAGAAGAAUUUGAAAAUUAUUCAAAAAAUUUGCCAAAUUAUAAAAUUUACGAACAAAAAGCACGUUUAAUAGUUCAAAAAGUUGCUAUGGAUGAAAAGCAUUCAGUUGGACUGCCUCAAUUAUUCAAAAUGAUCGCAGAAGGGUACCAUGACGACAAAGACACAACAUUUAAUUUACAAGGAUAUAAAAUUUAUGCGAAAUUCGUACAUAACCUCUACAAAAGAUGGUCAGAAAAGAAAGGUCUGCUCAGAAAUGAAGCAAGCAUCAAAAGUAUUGAAUUUGAAGUAAGCUUUUGGCAAUUUCAUCAAUAUUUCGCAGUUAAAAAGCUUUUUCAUGAGUUUGUUAAGGCAUUGUUUCCAAAUUACGAUGGAUCUGAGUGGAUAGUUACAGAAACCAUAGCUUGUGGCUUAAUGAGCAAGCGUGGUAAAACAUUUUAUUUUGUACAUGAAACAUUCCGUGACUUUUUCGCCAGUGACUUGAUUGCUAAAGCUUUAAAGAAGCUGAAUAUUACCGAAAAGUCUACAAUUUCUAAAUUCUUUGGGAAAAAGGAACAGCAUGACUACAUUAUCGAAAUAGUUGUAAUUGUUCUUACAACAAAAGAGUAUGGAACUAUCUUAAUGUUCCUGGAUGACGCAAUUGACGACUAUUCAAAUUUAGAGAAGAUUCAGUCAAGUGUUCAAAAAAGUAUCAAAAAAUUUUAUGAAAUGGAAAAUUUUUGUGAAUUUUUUACGAAGAACCUUAAAAUGUUGACAACAUUUUUGAUUGCAAUCCUUAAAACUGGUGAUUAUGCAGAAGUUAAGAAACUAGUGACUGAAAAUGCCAGAAAAAUUAUUGAAAAUACAGAAGACUCGAAAUCAUUCUUCAAAUUCCAAGAAUUUAUUUUCAUGUUCCUUAAAGUCGAUGACUUUAAGGAUUUAGUCAAGAAUGAAGGAAUCAUUCAAGCAAUAUUGACGUCAAGACUUUCGAUAGAAGCAUUUAAAGAUUUUGUAAUUAAAGCUGAAAGAGUCACUGACCAUAAAUUUAUAAAAGAUACACUAGAGUUAAGUAAUGUGAAGUCAAUGGACGGAAACAUUUUUCAUAAGCUUAGCUGUUCCGUAAAAAUUGAUGGCCAUAAAGUUCAAAUAUUUUUAAAAAUCAUUCAGAAAUUUUUUAAGAUGCCUAAAAUACUUGAACUUGUCAAAAAGUUCAAUGAUCAGGAUCAAAAUAUUUUUAAAGUUUGUGUUAAGGCAAAGAACACAGAAAAUCUCAAGAUUUUAUGGACAGAACUUCAAAAUUUUUUUAUCCUCAACAACACUCCGCAAUAUUUUAAAGAAAUUAUUAAUCAGGAGGACUCGACUGGAUGCAACAUUCUGCACUGGACAGCAAAUUGUGAUCAAAUUGAAUUUCACGAGACUUUAUGGAAUCUUUUGUUGACAACAUUUGAAGAUCGAGAGGAACUGAAGGAUUUUGUUGUCCAUAGAAAUAAAUCAGGUGACAAUUCCUUCCACAAACUUGUCAUGAACCAAAAUAAUUUAGAAAUAAUUGAAUUAACAAUGGACAUCUACAAGAAGAAUUUUAAUGAUGCUCAGCUUCAAGAUAUAUUAAAAUCUGUUGGACAUUUAGAACUAAAUUUACUACAUUCUGCUGCAUAUGAGUCAAAUGUAAUCAGUCAGCAACAAUUUCUUUGGAAAAUCUAUCAAAAUUUUUAUAAAUCUGACCAAGAAUUCCUCAAAACUCUUGAGGAAGUUGACACGUUUGGCAGAAACAUUCUCAACAUUGCUGCCGAAAAUUCAUCAAAUGAAGUUUUUGAAUUCAUAAUGCAAGAAAUAGAAAAAAUAGCACCACUCGAUACAAUCAAGAAUAUGUUAAAAGCACAAAUUUUAGAGUUCAUCAAGCACCUUGAUAAGGAUGGUGAUGACAUUUUAUUUAUUGCUGUUGGAAGCAACACAAGAAAAAUUUUGGAACUAACAUGGAUAGAGAUUAAAAGUAUUGUGGAUCCUGUCGAGCAUGUUGAAUACUUAAAGAUGAAAGCAUAUAAUGGUAAAAAUUUAUUAAAAAAGUCAAUUGACAAUCAGAAGUAUAAGAAGGAAGUCCACGAAUGGGUUCAAAAAUUAAUGCACGAAUAUCUGCCGUAUUUUAAAGAAAUUGUUCGGCAAAAUGAUUUAGAUAUUUUGGAUAUUUUAUAUUGGACGGCUGAUAGUGAUAAAAUUGAGUUUCAUACAACUUUAUGGGAUGUUUUGUUUAAAAAGUUCGAAAAUCGAGAGGAACUAAAGAAUUUUGUGAUCCAAAAAAACAUUUUAGGUGACACUUUUGUCCACAGACUUAUCCACAAUAACAAAAAUGCAAUCAUUAAGUUGACUUUUGAAACUUUUAAAACAAAUUUCGGCAAUGAUCAAUUUCGAGCAAUUCUAGAAGCAAAAGGACGUUUGGGUAUGACAUUACUUCAAACUGCUGUUUAUGAGUCAAAUGUCGUAGGAUUCCAUCAAAUUCUCUGGAGAAUAUUUCGAGAUUAUUACAAUUCUAAAGAGUUUUUAGAGAUUAUCAAAGAAGUGGAUAUGCGUAAAAGAAACAUCUUUAACAUAUCCGCAGCUCAUUCAUCUAUUGGAUUAUUUCAUUUUUAUAUAAGAGAACUGCAAAGAAUUUCACCAAUUGAUGUGAUAAGAGAGAUGCUUAAGAACCUCGAUGAUAACAAUCGAAAUGUAUUACAGUCAGCUGCUAUGAGAAAUGCAUCUUUAGAACUCCACAGCUUUUUAUGGAGAGUUUUGCGACAGUUCUUUGAGCCAUCAGAAAUAAUAUGGUUCAUAAAGCAUGUUGAUAAGUAUGGAAAUAAUAUUUUAUUCCUUGCCGUUAUAGAAAACACGAAAAAAGUUGCACAACUGACAUGGAAGGAAAUUAAAUCUUAUCUGAACAAGACUGAGCAAGUUGAGUAUCUUAAAAUUAAAGGAUGGAAAGGUAAAGAUUUAAUUGAAAGUGCCUUAGACAAUUUUUAUGAAACUAAAAUACACGAAUGGGUUCAAAAUUUAAUGCUUUCUGUAAUUUCACAAGAUGCAAACGUCAAAGAUAAUGAUGUUGAUGAUGAGUAUUUAGAGGAUGAUGAGAGUAGCUACUACUAA